UUAAUACCGGAAGUUUGAUGUAGUCAAGCUGACCCGGAAGUGAGUUUAUUUGUCAACAUUUUUCCAAGUCAAUGUGAAAAUGUGGUCAUGAAACGAUGAAUUAAAGAGGCAACAUGAAAACUGUAAUUGAUACAACGAGACUGAUUUUAUUUCUGCUGUCAUUUUUCAUUCAAAGCGGAAAAUGUCUCCAUAUAACUGGUACAUGGCAUACGUCGGAGUUCUUUUUAUUUCUUGCCAGGUUUGGAUUCCAAAAAACAGACCCAGGGAUGCUGGAUGAUACACAAGGCUUUAUCUAUGGAAAUAUUACGUCAUCAUCAAAACUUGACAGUUAUUUUAAUUUAGUUUUAGUUGAUAGCGAGUAUUUUAUGGAGUACUAUGGUAACAGUACACUGGUCAAUACUGCAGGCUGUCGAAAUAUGUUUAAAAAGAUGGAUAACACAGCAUUUGAUAGUAACUGUCAGACACAUGGAACAGAGGAUUUUUUGCGAAAGAUUCCAUGUAGAAAGAAUAAACUAUGUAUAGAUGAAGAUAAUCCCGAUAAUGUAGAAUCAGGAUAUCAGUUUACUUACAAAGUACAAAACUCGCAACAGCCAAGGUUUUGGUACUUAAGCAUGGUUGCUUGCCAUAGGGAAAAAGGAGACUGUAAAUGGAUGGCAAAUAAGUCAGUGAGUGUAGAAAUAAAAUAUGACAUCUGGCUAGUAAAUGGAGACCCAGCAUCAAAACAUCUCAACCCUUUUGAACAUCAAUUUUCAUUUGAGAUGCAUGACGUGUUUGAAAUAUAUGCUUUAUUCUUUGUGCUUUAUAUGAUCACUUUACCAGUUUGGAUAUAUGCUUACAAACAACAAGUUCAUCCAAUCACAAAGUUAUUAACUAUCUGUAUUUCAACAGAAUUUGCUGGUGUUGUGCUAAAUUUUUUACAUGUGCUUGUAUUCUGUAUAAAUGGUGUGGGAGCUGAGUGGUUAAAAGUGAUUGGUAAUUUAUUGGGGUCAUUUUCAGAAUGUUUGUUUAUGUUGUUAUUGUUACUUAUUGCCAAAGGCUGGACAAUUAUCAGUAUGAAACUUUCCGGCAAACGACUGCUAGUCUUCUUUUGGGGAAUCUAUACAGCAUUAAAUGCAUUAUUCUUCAUUGUUAACUUGACCAAAGUAAACAUUAUAGUAAACAUAGAUGAGUGGAACUCAUGGCCUGGAUAUCUUAUUGUAUGUUUUCGUAUUGUCGUCAUGAUCUGGUUCUUCCUUACGUUAAAAGACACGUUUCAAAGGAGUAAACAUCAAAAUAGACUGGACUUUUUCCAACAGUUUGGGGCUUAUUACCUUGUCUGGUUCAUAUACUUGCCUAUACUCGUCAUUGUUGCCUCACAGAUUUCACAUUUAUGGAGAUAUAAAACUAUUCUCGGUAUUACAUAUUCAGCAGAUCUGUUAUCCUAUAUUGUAUUAAUACACUUGUUGUGGCCAUCAAGAUCUGUGCUGUAUUUGAUAAAAGGGGACACACCACUUCCCCAGUAUGACUUAGAAGCAACUGGUUUGAAUGACAUGGACGACACGGAGGAGACAGUAUUCCAGGCACCAGUCACACAUUUAGUACAACAAAAUGGAACUGUCAUACCAAAUGGUACCACUCAUUUAACAGGGAAAAAAUCCAAGCUCAAAUCUGUUCCUGAAGAGACAGAGCCAGAAAGCAGCCCAAAGAGCAAAAAUGUAAUGAGUCCAAAGAGCGGAAUGAUAACCAGUCAAAAAAAGAAACAUGGACACAGUCUGGUUAGUGGUAGGGAAGUAGAAAUUGUGAACAAUGGAAAUGUUUAUACAAAUAUAAGCUUAGAUGACAGUGAUUAUGAGUUUGUUGAAAACUGAAUUGAAAUAUAAUGAGAUACAUGAGGCAGGUUAUAUUUGCCAUGUUUUAUACAGGUAAUACAUUAAAUUUAUACCGGUAAUACAUUAUACCAGUAAUAAUUUAUACCGGUAAUACAUUAUACCAGUAAUAAUUUAUACCGGUAAUAUAUUAUACCAGUAAUAAUUUAUACCGGUAAUUCAUUAUACCAGUAAUAAUUUAUACCGGUAAUACAUUAUACCAGUAAUAAUUUAUACCGGUAAUACAUUAUACGGUUAAUUCUUUAUACAGGUAAUACAUCAUACCGGUAAUACUUCAAUGAAGGUGUUUCUGAAUUCCAGAACUGAUUGACCCUUAAUUUUCGUUGACUCUAAACUUACAGUUGUUGACCUACUGACCCUAUUUGUCUCCAUUCCCGGUACUUACACUAGAGUAAAACUAUUUGCUGUCACACAUGUGACCGUCGACAGGAUGGUGAAAUGUUUGUUAUUACUUACAUGUCAUUGUUAAAUGAUAUCAGUUCUGGUGACAGCUUUCAUAUUGUUGAUAUGCCUAUCGUAAAUAAUCUUAAAAAACUCAUUGGUAUCAAAAAAUUGUGUUAGUUGGUGAGUGAAUGUGUAUUGAAAAGUACAAUAAUAACAUUCCUUAUUUUGUUGUGAGCCCAUUUGUAGAUGAUUCGGUCUUAAAUUUAUGAAGGCAUUCCUGUAGAUGAUUCAGUCUUAAAUUUAUGAAGGCAUUCCUGUAGAUGAUUCAGUCUUAAAUUUAUGAAGGCAUUCCCUUUUACUUUAGUAUAAAAUAGAUUAUUAGAAUUUUGAUACUUUGAUCCAACUAUGUUUUUUUUAUGAUUUUGAAGUAUAAUUUUUAUAACCACAUUAUUUUAUAUCAAUUACUUCCUUCUUGGCCAAUACUUAGGAUAAGUAUACUUAAGAGAUAAUUUAGAUAUAUCUUAAAGGGGUUUCAGUAUUUAAAACAGAUUAAAGGCAUUAGCUUAUCAUUGAUAGAUUUGUUACAAAUUAUUUUAUGCGGUAAAAUGAUUAAUUUAUAGUUUUACCAUUAUCCAGUAGUAUUUCAUUUUGAUAAAUUUCAUUUGAUGUUAGAUUGUGGUUAGAAAAGGUCUGCAAUUCUUACUUUUUGAAAAAACUUUAAGGCCAUUGCAUGUACUUUAAAUAAUGCUCAUCAGGGCACCUGAGUUUCCCUGCCACUAAUAAAGUCUGGAAGUUUCCAUAUUACCUGAGCAGUUUUACUGUGUUGUUUGAUUUAAAGCUGCAUGCCAUUAUAUUUGCUACUGUGUUAGUUAGGCAAUAAGUAUUUUUGCAUAUUUUGACCUCUUUUUUUGGUAAUAGGUAAAUUACUACUUUUGUCCAUUUAACAAUAUUUUUCAUUUAGAUAUAUUUUUCAACAUGACAAUUGGCAUGUAUCUGGAGACAUGCUGCUUCAAACCCAUCUAUAAGAAAAUCAUAGGUAUAUCCAAUAAUAUAUAGAGGAUAUUUGUUUGUUUUGCAUGUAAGGUUGAAAUAUAUUUCACUGAGUGAACACCAGAUGCAAUAUGUUCAUGAGUGGCGUAGCCACGAGUGAAAAUAUUAUAGCUGGUGUUCACAAAUGAAAUAUAUUUCAAUCCGGGUAUAUGUAAAACAAAUAAAUUUUCUUUUUAUUUCAUGCUUUUUAAGUGAUUUUAAGAUUUUUUGACUGAUUUUGCAGCGUAAUGUCGCACAUUCUCCUUUAUCAUCAUCAAUUUUGAAAUAUAGUUCUGUUAAAUCUCUAAUUUUGUUACUUUUUUAAUGUGAUGUAUGAUAACAUCAACUUUCUUUUCAUACAGGAGCAAAAUUUACAUAUGACAGCAAUUAUCUUGCAAGUUAUUCUAUUUAGUUAUGAUAUUCUUUUCAUCCGCAUUCAGAUCUAGUACGGCUACAGUGAAAAUUAUAUUUUAUACAUUUCACUAGUGGUUUAUCAGAAUAAAAUCAUCAAAUAUAUUGCAGUAAAACACUGGAAAGCAUGAAAUAAAUGUUAAUAGCAGGUGAUUUAAAAAUGUGUAGUAAGAAGAUUUCUAGGUCAGAAGAUUAAAGGUUAAAAGAAGGUUGCAGUGAUCAAUAUACACAGUUAUAUAUGUUCAGUAAUUGAAGAAUACUUUGUCCAGUGGCUGCAGUAAAGUAAUCACAAAUUGGUUUUAAUUAUAUAAUUACUGGUUGCUUUAAGGUCAUAUUGACCUCAUGGCUUAACGGUCAAAGGUCAUAUGUUCAAAAAUUAUUUUUCUAAUAAAUAAUAUAAGAAAAUUUAUUACUUUGAUACAUUGCUUAUAGCAACAUGUAAACCUUUCUGUUAUGUGCUUUCAAAGAAAUAGUGUUUUUUUUUAUUAACAAAGAAUGAUUUUCUAAACCUUUUUUUAUUAUCUUAAUUGUCAUAAAAAUGGCACCUAAUGUACAUAACAUAGUAUUGUUCAAAACUGCUAUGUCAUAAUUGUGCUGAGGAUUUUCUGUCUGUUAUAAUGUUAGGAAUAGAAUGGAAUUUUAUCAAGUAGGUACUUGAAAGGAUAUUGUGUUAAUGUAAUUAGAAAGGACUAAGGACUUUAUCAUGGAAACUUAGACUUUAUAUAAACUAGUCUGUAUAUUGUCACCUUAUUGCAGUGACAGAUUAACUCCUUAUAUAAUUUAAUAGA